AUAAGAUUACUUCCAACUUCCGUUUCCGGUUGUGGGCGGUGCACCAAUAAAAAUGAAAGUUACUGAGAAAGUUUAUUAUUGUUAUUCUCAGAGAUAAACAAAUUGUAAAAGAGACCUAAACCUUUCUGAAAAAAUGUCGAUUAUUCAGGUGACCGGUAGUGGUAAAUCCGCUGUCAGUGACAGAACACCGUUCUAUGGUGCAAGAGUCCCUACUGAAGUAAAGUCAAUGAUAAAACCAUUAACAAAGUUGGAAAAGGGAGUAUUUAGGAAAAUAUUAUUGUUAAUUGUGACAGCUAUUGAGGGCAAGAAUGUAGAAUAUAAACAGAUAAAAGAUUUAGAAACAAAAGACUUUCAAGAAGAAACUUUAUGUGUAAUAUACUCAGGACUAUUAAAAUUAUUACAGUGUGCUUUGAAGCUUCCGAAUGGGUCUUUAAAACAAGAGUUGUUUAAAGAAGAUUUACUAGAAUUACAAAUACCAGAAGAUUUUCAUACAGAUAUAAGCAGUGUGAUAUUUGGCAACAGAAGAGCAGGUAUAGAUAGCGAGUGUUUGAAAUCUAGACCACGUUUACCUCAAGUAGACCAACUUAAGUGGCGUGUAGAUGUUGGUAUAUCUACAAGUGUAUUAAACAGAGUACUAGAGCCGAGUGUGUUGAUGGAAAUGACUCUCACAGAUGGAAAUAUACAUACAUUUGAGGUGCCUGUGUCAAAGUUCCAUGAGCUACGUUAUAAUGUAGCAUAUGUACUGAAAGAAAUGGAAGAUUUAGAGAAAAGAAACAUUUUGAAGAUUAAAGAUUAAUGUAAAGCUUAUAUAUUUUAUCAUGGACAUUGAUUGUCAGUGCCAUUUUACAUGUUGUUUACACACAAUAACUUGAUGUUUAUAUUGUGUUAACAUUCCAUUAUGUGAUACCAAUCCUUUAUCUUGUGACUGACCUAUAUUAUUAUAUUAUAACCAUGAUUAAGAACAAGCUCAUGUUUUAUUAUGUGACUGUCUAGUGACACUCUUGAUUAAGUAAAUGAGAUAUAUAUAAUUUGCAUCACUCAUUGUAAAAACUCAUCAUCAUUAAAUAUUAAUUAUGUAUAAAAAAA